AUGGAUGCCCCUUCUCCGAAUUCUUCAAACCCUUCCGUCCCUCGCCAGCGUUCUUCCCCAGCCAACGAUCCUUCCCCAUCCCCAUCCCCGAUCCCUACCCAACACUCCCAACCUUAUCCUUACCCGGUGCAGCAACAGCAGGCCGGCUGGAAUGCCCAGGCCCAGCCAUUUUACCCCUCCUUUUAUCAAAAUCCUCACCAGCAACCCUAUCCCAUUCACCCUCACCCCAGCCACCCGUCCCAAGGCCAGAUGCCUCCGCAGGGGGCCUACUUCGACCCCAACGCCCAAUUCGCCCAAUGGGCAUACCAGCAAAUGAUGUUCAAUGCACAGCAGCAGGCCCUCUCUCACGUCCCACAAGCUCCCUCGCCUCUAUCUCAACGCGGUCGGUCUUCCAGCACCAGCGCGCCCGGCGAGUACUUCACCCAAAAUCCGAUGCCCGGUUUCAACGCGUUUCCCAGCGGCAAUAUUACCGCUGCGGAUAAACGCAAAUCGCGCGAUGACAGCGAUCUCGCGGCGAUGAUGGAGCCAAUCCCUUCCCAGAACAUGCUCCGCAGUGGAGGGCUGAAGGGUCGACUGCGACGCGCUCUCUCUCUCAGUGCUGCGCAGGCAAUGCACGAGGAGGAAAGUGACAUCGCCGACUCCAAAUCUGCAUCGCAUCCUAACGGGGCGGGAUCGACGGCGUCAGGCUCAGUCGGGGGCUCAGCGUCUCCAUCGCUGUCGGUUGCGCCCGACGCUGGCGACGCUGGUUCAACAGCUACCCGAAAGAAGAAGAAGUCGCGUACCGCGCUAUUCAACUCUCGGCUCAAUGCCUCGACCGAUAACAUAUCUCUGUCUUCCACAAUGUCCUCAGCCUCGGUCGUCAUCCGCAAGCUUGGUUCCAUCGGCAAGCUCGCUCGACGCAACUCCAUCGCAGGGAUUACGUCACUCUUCAAGGACAAGAAGGACAAGGAAGACGCGGAAGGAAGCGGUAAGAAGAGCAAGAAGAAAAAGGGCGACAAGGGCGAGGCUGCCGAAGCGAGCGUUUCCCAUGUCACCGCGGAGCUCGACCGCUCAGGCAGUGAGUGGAGCGCCGAGCUCAACGGGUUGAGCCCGGCGGCGAAGCUAGCCCGACAGCAUACGCUCAAGUCUAACGCGGAAGCAGCGGCAAGGGCCAAGGCUGUUGAGGAGGAGGCGGCGUCGGCAGCUCAGGCCGCCGAACAUGUUCCAACGACGUGGGAGAAAAACACUACAUCGAGGCAUGGUGAGUCGCCGGCUCGGGCGGGCGGGUACCGCGUGAACGAGGAGGGCAUGCGUGUGAUCGUGGAGGACGACGACUCGGCCAGCGAAGGUGAAAGUGCACAUGAUUAUUCAUCCCAUCUGGAUGGCUGGGACGACGAGGACUGGAAUCAUAUCGAAGAGGACGACGAAGACCUCACCAUCCGGCAAGGACUCGAGCGCACGAGCUUUGGCUCCGAGGGUGAGACGGAACCAUGGGCAGUCAACGUGCGUCGAAGCCUGGAGAGGAGCAAGACCCCUGCUAAGGGCAUCCUCAAAAACGCAGACAAGUAUGACCAGCAUUCUUUCAUGGGCUCAAUGUCGGGCAGCGCUCGUGGACGGUCCAACUCCUACAACUCUCCUGCCGCUCAACAGUCGGAGCUUGGCCCCUUGGCCCGCAUUCCAUCACCUGACCCAGACCACAUUGAUGGGCUCCAUAGGCAUCCCUCUCAUUCGUCGGCACAUUCGAAAGAUCCGUUGGCGUUCGCGAGUAACCUUUCCGUUUAUGACACGUUCCCGGCCACCGUGUACGAUCGUCGGAGCGAGCCUGCUACAUGGAGCAGGCUCACCCCUGCCCUCGCGCAGCGCAUCAAGGAAGAACUCAAUUCAUACAAGAUGGAAGAGAUGGAAGUGCAUGCCGCUAGUCGGAUUCAGUGA